CACGCACCCUCAGCCCCUUCCCCGCCCUUUCUCUUCCCGGUUUCCAUCUCAGCCCGUGGGUCUCAGCUCGUGGCUGCUUCCGGUUGGAGCGCGGUGCAGGGCUUGCCGGUGUCAGCUCCCCGGUCAUGUCCUACGGUCCCUUAGACAUGUAUCGGAACCCGGGGCCUUCGGGGCCCCAGCUCCGGGAUUUCAACAGCAUCAUCCAGACAUGCAAAGGGAACAUCCAGCGAAUCAGCCAAGACACUGCUCAGAUAAAGAAUUUGAUGAGCCAACUAGGAACUGUGCAGGACUCAAGCACAAAUCAGGAAAAUCUGCAAGAGUUACAACACUCCACAAAUCAGCUCGCCAAGGAAACAAAUGAAUUGCUGAAGGAAUUAAGAUCCUUGCCCCUUCCCUUGUCUACUUCCGAGCAGCGUCAGCAGAAGCUUCAGAAGGAACGUCUCAUGAAUGACUUCUCUACGGCCUUGAACAACUUCCAGGCUGUGCAGAGAAGGGUAUCUGAAAAGGAAAAAGAGAGUAUUGCCAGAGCAAGAGCUGGAUCGCGACUUUCUGCGGAAGACAGGCAGAGGGAGGAACAGCUCGUCUCAUUUGACAGCCAUGAGGACUGGAACCAGAUGCAGAGCCAGGAAGACGAAGCAGCCAUCACUGAACAGGAUCUGGAACUUAUUAAAGAGAGGGAAACAGCGAUCCGGCAGCUGGAGGCUGACAUUUUGGAUGUCAAUCAGAUAUUUAAAGAUUUGGCCAUGAUGGUCCAUGACCAAGGUGAUCUGAUUGAUAGCAUAGAAGCCAAUGUAGAAAGCUCAGAAGUGCAUGUGGAAAGAGCCACUGACCAAUUACAGCAAGCUGCUUACUAUCAGGUAAAAGCUGGUGUCCAACAAAGUCCCUCUGGGCUGCAGACUUCAUGGGCCAUCAGGGAACACUGAAAACAGGUUUAACUUCUUGCUUGGACUUAAGCUGGAGACAAGGAAUCAUAAUUUACAGCCCUAGUUAUACUUUUUAGUAUUUCUCUUUGUA